UAAAAAUUUUUCGAUUAAUUAGUACUGCGAAGUCAACGGAAACCCUCGUGUGAAAAGUGUUCUCAGAUAAUUGUGACAAAAAUAAUUGGAACUUAAAGGUAGGAUACCUACACCUCUGAACACCUACCAAGUCAUCAACAAAAGUGCUUCCAGAUGAUUUUUUUAGCGUGGUUGUCCCUAGCCAUGCUAGCGGGCACGCUAGCAUUUCCCAGCGAGCAUAUGGUGACACUCUGUGGACGCAACCUGGCAGCCGCCCGUACAUUGAUCUGUAUGGAGAAUGACAGCGCUUCCGAAGAACACAGCAUCCAGAAGAGAGCCGCCUUUGAUGACUUGGAGAUCCAGACGUACCAGAAGAGAAGAGGUCUAUUCCGCUUCCUAACCAAAGAUAUAAUGUGGCCCAAGUUGUCUAUGCGGCGCUCAGAUGCGCAGGCGCUGCAUCACUUAUCCCAUAGCGAGGUGCGCGAGAGGCGCUUCGUCGACGCCGACGAUCCGGGACUCACCCCACCUAAGGGACUCGUGGACGAGUGCUGCCUCAAUCCCUGCAAUAUGGACCAACUCCGCAGCUACUGCUAGUGGAUAAGUCUCCAAUCUUUCAUGCCGUUCAUGACUUUUUGUAACUUUUGUCUGUAAUUAUUUAGCUUUUUUAUGCAUUAUAAAGAAAUAUUUAUUU